AUGGAAAUGGUAGAAGAAAAUCCUCAGGCGCCCGUUUAUCCGGGCAGCUCACGUCGCUGGCUUUUUAGCAAAGGAGAAGUCAAUGACAACGGAGAGGUUCUUCGAGCUUGCGAUGAGAGAUUCCUGAUCGAACUUCUUCUGGAGAUGGAACAAGCUUAUCAAAAUGCGUUUCAAUUUGUCUUCAAGAAUGUCUCCGAAGAAGACGCGGAAGAUGAAUUGUACAGUUACGUCCCUCCUCCAACUUCAGAGGAGCUGGAGCUUGUUCUGGAGGAUAUUCUCCUCGCUAUCGACGAUGCUGCAUCUAUUUUCAAUGAGGUCGCCAAGGAGGUCCGUCGCUUGCAACGCUAUCAGGAUCUUUACCCGACAAGAGUCGCGAUGAAGAGGUUCCACACGGCUUUACGGAUGAAACUGCAGGAUAAUCAUCGGAAGACUCUAGAUGCCGCAAACAAAAUGCAAAACGAAGCUUGUUGGAAGAAAAUCCACCAGGCUGAGCAUGUCAUUGAGCUUUGGCUUAAGCAUCCGACUUUCCAGCCUCACCUCAAACCAUGGCAGCAAUUCAUGAUGGAAGAUGCACCAGGGAGCGGAAUGAACCCAAGAGCCAAGUUCCUUGGCAAAGUUCCUGAAAGUGACGAUUUCGAAUUGUCUACUGCUUCUGAAGACAGUGAUUUUCAUAUUUUCCCUCCAGGUGGAAUGGCCCUGUGGGCAGAUUGGUGCAAAGAGUACGAAGAACUUGAGGAAAAAUGCAGACAGACCGCCAUUCCCGGGCAUUUCAAUUCCGAGCAAAUUGCCGGUUUCUUUAUGUUCGAGCCGAACCUAUGGCUUCCUGAGCGGCCUUCUGGGCUGAAUCUCAUCAAGACGGAUAAUCUUCCCUACCUAUCCUCGUUGAUCGCGAGCCUUGAGAAUGAAGACCAUGUUCCCGUGCACUACAAUUACACUGCUGGCGUUAUCGUGUCCUCCGAUGAAUGCGAGCCUGGUACCCAACCACGCACCCUUCAUCACGCCGUUGAUCCAUGA